GUGAUUCAGAAAAGAGGAGCGCGUGCACCCUUCACAUGUAGUGUUUUAUCGUCGCGCGCCGGCUCCCACGACGGAAAAAUAAUCCUAGCAUGGCAUCGUCCGGUUUGGAUACAGAUGAGCGGAAGACGUCGACCCCAAAGCGCGAGGCUCUCUCAGGCGUUUUGGCAGUUGUCCGGUAGCGCGCGCGGUGGCGUGAAUGAAUGAGAGCUGCUGAACGUAAAACAUGUCGCUGCCACUGCUGAAGAUCGGCGUGGUGUUCAGCACGAUGGCCAUGAUCACCAACUGGAUGUCGCAGACGCUCCCAUCACUCGUGGGCCUCAACGGCACGGCGCUGAGCGCGGCGCGGAGCGCGUACCCGGACCGACGCGUAGGAGUUUUGCUUUCUAACCCGGAUGAAACAUGGCAGGUGUACAGCUCGGCUCAGGACACCGAGGGAAGAUGUGUGUGUACUAUUGUUGCUCCCCAGCAUACCAUGUGCUCCAGAGAUGCACGCACCAAGCAACUCCGACAGCUCCUGGAGAAGGUGCAGAACAUGACCAAGUCAAUCCAGGUGCUGGACCAGCGGACACAGAAGGAUUUACAGUACGUGGUCAGAAUGGAAGACCAGCUCAGAGGCUUGGAAACAAAAUUCCGACAAGUGGAGGAAACGCACAAACAAAACCUCGCCAAGCAAUACAAGGUCAUGAAAGACAAAAUGGCAGAACUGAGGCCACUGAUUCCCGUGUUGGAAGAGUACAAGGUGGACGCGCAACUUGUUCUGCAGUUCAAGCAGGAAGUGCAGAAUGUUACUGCCAGUCUGGUACUGCUUCAGCAGGAGACAGGAGCUUACAACUAUGAUGAAUUGCACUUGCAUGUCACCAGCUUGGAGGAAAGACUACAUGCAUGUAUGCAGAAACUUGCAUGUGGAAAGCUGACGGGCAUCAGUGAUCCUGUCACUAUUAAAACAUCUGGAUCUCGCUUUGGAUCCUGGAUGACUGACCCACUGGCUCCAGAGGGAGAUAAUAGAGUGUGGUAUAUGGACGGGUACCACAACAAUCGCUUUGUGCGGGAGUAUCGUUCCAUGUCCGACUUUAUGAAAUCAGACAACUUCACAUCUCACCGCCUGCCACACCCAUGGUCUGGAACAGGCCAAGUGGUUUACAAUGGCUCCAUUUAUUUCAACAAGUUCCAGAGCCAUGUUAUCAUCAAGUUUGACUUGAAGACCUCCACCAUCAGCAAGACUCAGAGGCUGGAGAGUGCUGGGUUCAACAAUGUGUACCACUAUGCAUGGGGUGGACACUCUGACAUUGACCUAAUGGUGGAUGAACAUGGGCUUUGGGCUGUCUAUGCCACAAAUCAAAAUGCAGGCAACAUUGUCAUCAGCAAACUCAACCCGGUCACCCUACAGGUCAUCAAGUCAUGGACAACCAAUUAUCCAAAGCGCAGCGCAGGUGAAUCCUUUAUGAUUUGUGGUACACUCUAUGUAACCAAUGGGUACUCUGGAGGGACAAAGGUUUACUAUGCUUACCACACCAAUUCCUCCAACUAUGAGUACAUUGACGUCCCGUUGCAGAAUAAGUACUCUCACAUCUCCAUGUUGGAUUACAACCCACGGGAUCGUGCCCUCUAUGCCUGGAACAAUGGGCACCAGGUGCUCUACAAUGUUACGCUCUUCCACCUCAUUCAAUAAUACAUAUUUUAAGCAGUCACUAACCAAUUUAUCCUGGUUUACCACAAGCUGCAUUUAGACACUGGAUUGGAUGCCUGGAUGGGGCACCAUGCACUCACAU